CAUUUGCGCAGGUCCACAAGGCCAAAUUUCAAAUAUCAGUGUAGUAUUUUACGGAAGCCUAUCGCGCAACUUUGUCGCUCGUUCGGUAACGAGAAAAUAGUGUUUUACGCUGGAGCGUCGUUUGCCCCGCCACGGCUCCCCCUUAGCCGCUCAUAGCAGUGCGUGCUGAGGCGGGCUCAGGCGGGGUACAGUACAGGUGCCAGGCGACUGCAUCUGGCGCGUGAACUCGGCCAGGAGCAAUGGCGAGCGGCCUGCAAAAGCUGCUGUAUUUGCAGACCGUCAAUAAGGUCGCGCAAGAGAUUGAGAACCAUCUGCAGAUCAGUGAUGCCACUGUGGCGGAGUUCAUUGUGGAGACAGCCAAGGAUGCGGGCAAUGUGGACAAGUUCAAAAAGGCCAUGCAGGAGAUGGGCCUGGGGGCGGCGCUGAACGAUGUGCUCAUUGAGCGCUUCUGGAACAUCAUCCAGGCGCUGAUGGGCGGCGGCGGCGGCGCGGGCGGCAGCGGCGGCGGCGGCGUGGGCCUGGCCCGGUCCAACGCGCGGCUGCCGGCGGCGGAGCUUCAGGACACACGCGACCGGGCCAAGCGCCUCACGCAGGAGCUGCUGGAGGAAGCCGACCAGAAGCGCCGCAAGGAGGAGGAGUCCGCGGCGGCGGCGGCGGGACCCGGGCCCUCCGGCCGCGGCGGCGGCGGCGACUCGCGCAGCGACCGGUACCGUGACGACCGCGACCGCGACCGGGACCGUGAGGGGCGGGGCCGUGGCCGUGACGAGGGCGGCGGCCGGCGGGAGCGCAGCCGCAGCCGCAGCCGGGAGCGCAAGCGCCGCAGCGACUACGCGGACGACGGCCCCGGCGGCGGCGGCGGCCGCGACCGCGACGGCUUCGCCCUCCCGCCGCCGCCUCCCAAGCGGCCGGCGCUGCCCGACGGCCCGGAGCUGGGCGGCGUGUACCGCGGCAAGGUGACGGGCACCAUGGGCACCGGCUGCUUCGUGGAGCUGUGCGGCAUGUCGCGGCCGGUGGAGGGGCUGGUGCACAUUGCUAAUAUUUGCAAGAAGCCCAUCCAGAGCCCCACGGACGUGGUGAAGCGCGGCGACGAGGUGUGGGUCAAGGUGAUCGGCAUGGGCAGUGUGGGCGCCAACGGCAAGGCGCGUCUGAGCUUCUCCAUGCGGGACGUGGACCAGGCCAGCGGCAAGGACCUGCUGCCCACACAUCUGCUGCCGGGCGCGGACGGAGACGGCAAGCUGGCGGGGGGGCUCAAGGGCAUGAGCGGCAUCAAGGUGAACCCCGAUGAUGACGACCCCAACCCGCGGCGGCGCGGCAAGAAGCUCACCGAGUACGAGAUGUGGGAGAACAAGCAGCUCAUCUCCUCGGGUGUGCUGGACGUGCGCGAGUACGCGCACUUUGACGAGCAGUCGGGGCUGGGCGUGUUGGCGUCCGCGACGGACCCGGCGGAGGCGGAGGAGUUUGAGAUUGACCUCAACGACUCCGAGCCGCAGUUCCUCAAGGGCGUGGGCACGCGCAGCGGCAUUGAGAUGAGCCCGGUCAAGAUCGUGAAGAACCCGGACGGCUCGCUGCAGCGCGCCGCGAUGACGCAGUCCGCCCUGGCCAAGGAGCGGCGCGAGCUCAAGGAGCAGCAGCAGCGCACGCUCCUGGAGGCCAUCCCCAAGGACCUCAGCAGGCCCUGGGAGGACCCCAUGGCAGACCCCAGCGAGCGCGCCCUGGCUCAGGAGCUGCGCGGCAUUGGUCUGACGCAGUCGGACAUCCCCGAGUGGAAGAAGGCGGCCAUGGGCAAGGCCAUUAGCUACGGCAUGCAGGACGCUCGCAGCAUCAAGGAGCAGCGCGAGAGCCUGCCCAUCUUCAAGCUGAAGCAGCAGCUGAUUGAGGCGGUGCGCGACAACCAGGUGUUGGUGGUGAUUGGCGAGACCGGCAGCGGCAAGACCACACAGAUGACGCAGUACCUGGCGGAGGCGGGAUACACAUCCACCGGCAAGAUCGGCUGCACUCAGCCCCGCCGUGUGGCCGCCAUGAGUGUGGCCAAGCGUGUGGCGGAGGAGUUUGGGUGCCGCCUGGGCGAGGAGGUGGGCUACGCCAUCCGCUUUGAGGACUGCACCGGCCCCGAGACCGUCAUCAAGUACAUGACCGACGGCAUGCUGCUGCGCGAGUGCCUGCUGGACGAGGCGCUGAGCCAGUACUCGGUCAUCGUGCUGGACGAGGCGCACGAGCGCACCAUACACACAGACGUGCUGUUCGGCCUGAUGAAGGAGGUGUGCAAGCGGCGCACGGACUUCAAGCUGAUCGUCACCUCCGCCACCCUGGACGCCGAGAAGUUCUCCUCCUACUUCUUCGACGCGCCCAUCUUCACCAUCCCCGGCCGCACCUACCCCGUGGAGGUGCUGUACACCAAGGACCGGUCCAUGAAGCGCGCGCAGGACGUGCGCAAGCAGCUGCUGGCCAUCAUGGACCGCUACAAGCUGGAGCAGGUGUCGGCGGGCCGCAACUACACCAAGAUCUGCAAGGCCAUCACCUCGGGGUUCUUCUUCCACACCGCGCGCAAGGACCCUCAGGAGGGCUACAAGACCGUCAUCGAGCAGCAGCCGGUGUACAUCCACCCCUCCUCCAGCCUGUUCCAGCAGCAGCCCGACUGGGUGCUCUACCACGAGCUCAUCCUGACCACCAAGGAGUACAUGAGGGAGGUGCUGGCCAUCGACCCGCGCUGGCUGCCCGAACUGGCGCCGCGCUUCUUCAAGCCCGCCGACCCCAACAAGCUGUCCCGCCGCAAGCGCUUCGAGCGCAUCGAGCCGCUGUACGACCGCUACAACGACCCCAACGCCUGGCGCCUGUCGCGCCGCCGCGGCUAGAGAGGGAGGGAGAGAGAGCUCUGGCGGGGUGUGGCGAGGUGUGGUGCGGGAGGGAAGGGGAGGCUGUGAAGGGCAGCGCAGGCGCCUGGCGGCUGGGUGGCUGGGUGGCUGGGCGGGCGGCUGCGGUGCCGCCGCCCGUGGUUCAGCUGCCUGCCUGCCUGUCUGCCGCACAGGGCCGUUCAGGCAGUGUGAGGCGGUUGUGCGGCAGGCGGAGGGCGGCGGGUGUCGGUGGAGGGCAUGGCGGCAGCAGCAGCAGCAGCGGCAGUAGCGGCGGCAGUAGCAGCAGCGGCAACAGCAGCGGCAGCGGCCUGAGGGUUAGGGGGCGGGGAGGUGUGGACGCGGUGCGGCAUCGCGAGGAGGUCGAGGAGGCCGACGCAGGGAACGAGGGGGGAGGAAAGUGACGGUGGCGCGAGUGUGUGUAGAGGAGGAGGAGGAGCUGGGGCAGCGCUGUGGGCGGAGGGGCAAGACGAGGGGGAGGAGGAGGAGGCGCAUGGUGCGUGCCUAUGUCCUAUACAUACCGUACACUCGACCAAUGCAUGUGGCGGGCUUGGGGUGUGGUAGUGUGGUGGUUGACAAGAGCUGCUUCCCGCUUUCGGGUAUGGGCAGCUGCGGUCCUGUACCUGCACGGGACACAGCCCACAUGGACUUGUUGUCUGGACGGCUGUCGUAAGCGGGGGUGGUGUGCGUGUGUGUGUGUGUGUGUGUGUGUGUGUGUGUGUGUGUGUGUGUGUGUGUGUGUGCGGCAUCAACAGAGGGACGUCAUGAGCACAGGGUGUGGUGAGGAGGUGGGUGGCGGGGCCAGGAAGGAGCGGGGAGGUGGCCGCUGUGUAGGCAUCGCACCGCGUGGGGCGCGGGUGUUGGUGUUGUUGGCGUGUCGGUUGGGACACGUGAGCGGCUCGGCGUGGGUAUGGUGGGAGUGGGGCCUAGUGCCAGUAGCUUUGUUGGGCCCCACACGUGGCAGACCCGCCCCCCGUAAGUAGGCAUCGCGAGUAUGACGUGGGUGUGCACGGCGUCGGAGCGUGUGCCGUGGCGUUUGGCAGCUAUCUUCAAUUUGUGGAAGUAGCAUAGCAGCUUUCCCAGGCGUUUAAGUGCCGUAUACAUUCCGUCUGUUGGCUUUGAGCGGUGCACGGUGUGUGUUGUGGCUGGGCCGCACACAGCCCUGUGGCGGUGGUGGCAGAUGUGGGCACGUGUGCUCUACAAUGCCGGCACUCCCGGCCAGCCGCCGCUUGAUUGCGCCUGUGCCUGAUUUAGGGGUUAUUGCAGCUGAUCCGCUCAGAUGUGUUGCACAUGGACCACAUCCCUGACGGCCUGACAUGUACCAAUAAAGAUGCCUGCAGCCUGCUGCGUCCAAGGCCUUCUCUUGCAGUACUUUAUGAUCUGGCGCAAGUGUGCAGUGUGUACGUGUGUGGGUAAGCGACUAGCGACUUCUCACUGAAGUCUGAAGGCUGGCAAUCCAGGGUUGGGAUGUGGGCACUGUGUAACCAGCCGGCAGUCUGCCUGUCUGCCUCGACUUCAAUCGUUCGGUGCGAUAUCAC